GCUACAGCUACUUCCGGUAGCUGCAGGAAAAAUACUGUACGUCUCUGCAACUCAAAAAGGAAGAAGCGGGUAAAGAUAAUGGAUAGAUGGUUGGAUGUUAUAAUCAUAAUAACCACAAAUAGAUGCGUAAACGCCUCAUAUAAAGGUUGAAUUGAAAAAAUUGAGCGCGGUAGGUCUACAUCGCCGCCAUAAUGAAUGUGGCGAAGUGAAGCAAUCGGAUAAGAUGCCUCAUUCAUGUGCUGCCUGGAAUUGUACCAACCGGUUUACAGUGCAAACCAGAUCUAAUGGCAUUACCUUUCACAGGUUUCCCAAAGAUAAAGAGCGGAGAAAGCAAUGGGAAACAGCUGUCAGAAGGAAAGGGGUUUCUGCUAGUCCAUCAUCCAUGCUCUGCAGUGAUCAUUUUAGACCAGAGAACUUUGACAGGACGGGUCAGACAGUCAGGCUCAGAGCUGGAGUUGUUCCUUCAGUCUUUAGUUUCCCAGCUCAUCUCCAUGGGCCUGUGGCUACCAGAACCAGAAGGUUUCAGCUCUCAAAGAUGGCACAAGAGACCCAGAACUCAAAGAAGGCACGGGAGACCCUGUCUCUGAGAUCCAGAAGAUCUCAAACCUCAAAGGCACAGGAGACCCAGACCUCAAAUAAGACACAGGAGGAGACCCAGACCUCAAAGCAGGUACAGAAGACCCUGUCAUUGGACUGUUCCCAGCUGGUCCAAGAGGACGAGCCCCUGCCUGUGCCCAAUGUUGACCACUCCUAUGCUCUGCCUUCAUCCGAUGAUGAUCUGAGGGCCAGACUCAGGGAAGCCUUGGCUCGGGUGGAGAGUCUGGAAAGAGAAAGGAGGAAUGCGAAGGACAGAGAGAGGAGGGCAAAGAACGCUGUGAGUGGUCUUCUGGAGGAUCUCAGGGUGAAGAAACUCAUAAAUGAAGAGUUGAAAGAGCAGCUCAAUAAAAAAAGCAGACCAGCCCGCUGCGAAGAACCAGAUCAUCUGAGGACACACAGCGCCUCGGCCAGGAUGGAUGUAUGUCUGACAUGUGUGGCUGCAGUGCCAAACAAAUCCCAGUUAGCAGAACGUCCCGAUCCAGCGCUGGUGCCAGACUUGGAAAUCGGCCAAGGCACAGGGCGAGAAUCGGCUCUUCACGAAGGAGAACCAAACACCAACACACUUUACUAACCGAUACAGCACAUGAAUCAAGUGUUUAAAGGAAAUAUGACUCAUGUCAAAAGGGUGCUGGCUGGAUGAGUCCAUGCUAGUUCUGAGGUGCAGCUAGAAUGCAAAGCUGGCGUAAACAAGUCUGUAGCUGACGGUGAACUUUGCACAUGUGUCCUUGGGGUUUAUGAUGCGAGCCUAAUUGUUGAGUGGUCUGUAGUCUUUGGCCAAACAGCGGGUACAAAAAUGCAUAACUGUCUAAUGUGGAAUGGACUAGAAUAGUGGGGGAAUGCUUGUUGUAAAAAUUCCUGUCGUUUUGAAGGCAGGGCUCUACUAGCAGGGGGGUUGUAACCUCCAGCUCUGUUCA